AUGACCAAGUUUGACAUCGAGGUCGUCAGUGACACUGUCUGCCCAUGGUGUUAUGUGGGCAAGCAGAAGCUCCAGCAAGCUAUCAAUGCCUACAAGCAGCUUCAUCCCGACUCCAACGAUACCUUCUCGACGACAUGGAUGCCGUUCUACCUGAACCCGGGUGCGCCAAAGCAUGGUGUCGACAAAACAGCCUAUUAUAAGAGCAAGUUUGGCGAGGACCGCAUGGCGAUGGUAUUCGAGCGUCUAGCGCAGACAGGGAAAGAUGUCGGCAUCAACUUCAAAUUCGGUGGCAAGACAGGGAACACACGAGACAGCCAUCGCCUGAUACAACUUGGGAAGUCGAAGUCACCAGCUAUGCAAACAAGAGUAGUAGAGGAGUUAUUCUCCGCGUAUUUUGAGAAUGAGGGGGAUAUUACGAGCCAUGCCGUGUUGACAAGCGCGGGGGUGAAGGCGGGGUUGGAUGAGAAGGAGGUCAAGGAAUGGUUGAUGAGUGAUAAAGGAGGUAGCGCAGUUGAUGAGGAGGUUGAGCAAGCUCAGCAGAACCAGAUCAGUGGGGUCCCUAAUUUUACAAUCCAGGGCAAAUAUGAGGUCGGAGGAGCGCAAGACCCGGGGGUGUUUCUGAGACUUUUUGAGAAGAUUAAGGCUGAGCAGGGAUUGAAGGCUUGA